GUGACCAGAGGUGGUUGAGGCACAGUAGAAUAAUGUUGCUUAGUUUUACGCCUCUUGAUUCUAGAUCUACUAGAUUUUAGAUGUAGAUCUAGACUAGAUUCUAUUUGGUAUUUCGCAUAGGCCUUCUACACACGAGAUAUUAGAAAUAAGCUUAAACAAGGCGCUAAAAAAAUAUGGCUGGUAAAGAAAAUCAUCGAAAGCGUAAAAUUCAUGUGGGAGAAGAUCAGCCUGUAGCAGAAAGAUGUCGAUCCUCUUACAGCACAAGGCUAAUGCAAGCUUUAACAGAUGGUGCAAUAGGAGAGAUCUCAAACAUUUUGGAAUCAAUGUCUCAUUAUAUACCCUCUAAAACACUUGAUUCAGCAAUUUAUAAAGCCUCAGAACUGGGCCAAAAGCGUAUUUUACAACUUCUUAUUAGUCAGCGCUUAAAACUGAAAAAGAAAGAUAAAUUAAAUUCUUCAUCUUUGAUAACAGCUGCAGAACAUGGAUUUAUUGAUAUAGUAAAAAUUCUUGUUAGAAGUGGCAUGGAUGUAAACUUUAAAACUAAAUCAGGUCAAACAGCACUGAUGGUUGCCACAGUUAAGGCAUGCUCUUUGCCAUUAAUAGAAUAUCUAACAUCUCAAGAAGCUUGCAGCAAUGUCAACAUACAGGACAACAAAGGAAGAACAGUUUUAAUGUUAGCCAUUGAAAAUCAAGACUAUUGUGCAAUAAAACAUUUUGCAUAUCACAAAGACACUGAUUUCAAUUUAAAAGACAAAAAUGGGAUUAGUGCUUUAGAUAUGGCAAAGGAACGUGGCAUAGAAGAUCUAUUAGAUGUAUUCAUCGACAGUAAAAAAAAUGUGCAAUCAACACCUCUAAUUAUGGCUGUGAAGAAAGGCAAUAUAAAAUUGGUAAAAUUAAUUCUUGAAAGUGAGUUUCCAGGGAUAGUUAAUGUAGCCGAUGCAAAAGGUUAUACACCUCUCAUGCUAGCCUUGUUUGACUCUAAUGAAACAGAUUUAAACAGGUCCAUUUUCUUUGAUAUUGUUCGAGUUCUUUUGAACUAUGGCGCCAGUGUUAAUAAAGCCACAAAAAAGAAUAUUUCACCCAUUUACCUGGCUACACUUGCUGGCAAUUUAGAGGCUAUUAAACUGUUAGUACAACAUAAAGCUGAUCUAAAUAAUCAAACUGCUGAAAAGAUGACACCAUUGAUGGUAGCAUCCCAAAAAAACAGACCUGAUAUAGCAGAAUAUUUGAUCAGAUGCCAGGCUAAUGUAAAUUUGAUGAAUGCUAAAAAUGAGACAGCACUGAUCCUAGCCCUAAAGUGUGGUAAUAACCAACGAGGUGUAGAGUUACUAUUGGAUCAUGGAGCUGAGUUGGACGACACUGUCUUUCAAUUAGCAGCAGAAAAAGGACAAUAUAAACUAUUUCCAAAUGUCCGUGAAACAGUCAGCAUUGAAAUGAGAAAUAAAUUACUUGUAUUUGCUAUUAAAGAGAUUGACCUUGAACUUGCAGCAUUUAUCUUGGAUCAGGGAGCAGAUGUGAAUCAAGGGGGGAUGGCACAACCAGUGCCCUUAGUUUUAGCUGCCAAAGAUCAUAAAAUGGUUGAACUACUUUUACAUCAUGGUGCAAAAAUAGAUGAGAAAGAUUGUAAAGAUAAUUCAGCAUUAAUGGAAGCUGUUCGCCUAGAUAACAGCAAAAGUAUUCAAGUACUAAUUAAGCACGGUGCUUGCAUGAACUUGGAAACAAGCUUUGGGGAUACUGCUUUGAUAUAUGCUUCAAAGUUUGAGAAAAUGAAUGCUUUGAAGGCACUCCUUGAAGGUGGUAUUGAUCUCAAUUACGUAACGCAUAGUGGUAAAUCUGCACUGCACUUGUCUAUUAUUGCUGGGAAGCAAAAAGCCAUUAAGAUGCUCCUACAGCAUGGGGCAAAUGUUAAUUUAGAAGAUCACAAAGGAAUGACACCAUUGAUGUUGGCUGUUUUUGGAGAGGGUAAUAUUAUUCCUUUACUGCUACUGAAUGGGGCAGAUUCCAACAAACAAUCCUGUGAUGGCUCUACAGCCUUAAUGUAUGCUUUAAAACAGCGUGAUAUUGCUAAAAUCAAAAUGCUUAUUUCUUCAGGGACCGAUCUCAGCAUUACGAACAAAAAUGGUGAAACAGCUUUAAUCAUAGCUGCACAAUACUGCACCACAAUCAUUUUAGAAAUGUUGAUUAAAGCUGGUGCAAAUGUGCAUGCACAAGACAACAAUGGUUCAUCUGUUUUAGUCUGUGCCGUAUCUCAUUCCAUAGCUCAUGAAAGUAAGAUUGCUCUGCUUAUAGAUUAUGGUGUUGAUGUCAACAAACCAAACUUUAGAAGAGAAACACCAUUAAUCAUAGCAGCACUGAGGUGUAAUGUGAAUAUAAUGCACUUGUUAAUAAGUAAAGGUGCUGAUGUAAAUAUUCAAGACAUAAAUGGUUCAACAGCAUUAGUACAUGCUGUUGUAUCCGAGAGUUAUGAUAAAGUAAAGCUGCUUAUUGACAGUCAUGUGGAUAUGGAUAUUCAGGAUAACACAGGGUGCACUGCUGUCAUGCAUGCUGCUGUGUGUGCUAACAACCAGGCUAUGAAAACACUUAUAGAAUCUGGUGCCAAUAUCAAUAUAACUGAUGACGCAGGACGAAGUGCCAUAUGGUGGGUGUUGGAUACUCUACAUGGGUGGUCACUUUUAAAUGACAAUUUUGGUACUUUCCAGUGUUUAAAAACACUUCUACAAGCUGGCGCCAUCCCUGAUAUGUCUAAAAUAGAAAAUGCAUUGCUCUUCCACAAGCUGAUAGUCAGCUUUGAUCAAAUAGACUUAAUUGAAUUGUUUGUUAUUUCUGGUGCAGCACCCCCGUUGGUACCUUUUGGAAUGAUCAGAAACAUUUGCUCUGUUCCUUAUGAGUAUUACGCAACUGCCCAAGUGGGUGAGCUUAUAUCACCAUUGCUUACAGCAAUUUUUUGCAAAAAUAUCUACUUAGCUUCCUACUUCCUUCAGAUCUGGUACCUGACACAGGGUGAUGUUGUCUUACAACAAAACCAAGGUAUAAGAAAACGUGUGGCACAAGAAGCAAUGGAAUUGGGUGACUCAGUCAUAGACUUCAUUUUCAAGCCACUCUCUCUGGCGUCUCUAAGCUUUGUUAAGGUUUCUGCUGUUCUUGGAAAUAAUCAUGACAGGGAAUCUCGCAUUAGAAUGUUACCAGUUCCAUUAGUUGUACAAAAUAGUCUUCUGUAUAAGCAUAAAUCUAGGUGUAUUCAGGAUUAUUUGAGUACAGGAGUAACCCAAUAUAGAGCAAAUCCCUAUUUCCGCAACACUAGAAUUUUGGGAUUAGAUGCUUUAGACUGAUUAUUUUUUUUUUUUUAAUGUAUUGUCUGUUAUUUAAAUAAACUCAAUCUUAAGUGAUAUUAACGAUGCAACUAGAUGAUUGUCAAAACAACAGCUAUCCACUAGUCCUUCAUGCAUAGUUUAUUCCUGAUUUUGUAUCCUAUCAAUUCAUUUAUUGAUCCAGAAUGAGAUUUAGUAAGAAGUGUAGUUAUACAUUCAUAUUCAUUUGGUGUAAGUGUAACUAAGUUAGGCUGUCUGUGAAUAUAGAACUUGGGCAAAGUUUUGAUGGUUAGAUUACUUAUUAGGGCAUAUCCAGAAAGUGCCCAUUGUAUUGGUAAUAUUCUGUUUUUACAUGCAACUCCUGGGUUGGAGGGGGAUUGGAAUUAAAAUGGGGAACUUCUUCCUUAAAGUUUGAGCACAGAUUCUAAGAAAUAUUUAUUCUGCAAGCAAUCAUAUAUUUAAAAUGUGAUCCUACAACAGUUUUGAUGAGUGGAUGAUUUCUCUAAUUUAGAGAGCAUUGGUGUUAUUUAUUCUCAAAUGUUCACUGAG